GCACCUCUGGGUACACAAAAUGAAGGUUAUAAUUACCGUAGGAAAACGCGAGGAGCAGGCCUGCAAUCCUAACUAGGAGAAUCACCAAAGACCUCGGGGAAGUAGCUCAUAAAAGAGGUCAUGGGAGAAAAGAAAGCCUUAUGAUUUUCUGGAGCGGAGAUAUUAACAAUGUAAAGGUCCUGGGGCCUGAGAGGCUGCCAUCUUGGUUAUGGCCACAGAUUGGGAGGAAGGAGUGAAGGGCAGGGAGCAUAGUUAGAGCAUUAAAGGACGCCUGCUCAUGAAGACCCUCCCAGGCUAUAACGGGCGCUUUGGCUUUCCUUUGAAUGCAAUGGCCAUCGGCUGUGGGGGUUCUGACAAAGGGUAGAUGCAACCUGGUGCGUGUGUUUCUUUCUUUUCUUUUCUUUUUUUUUUCUUUCUGGUGCGCGUUUCAAAAGGAUCGCUCGGACUACUCUGUAAAGAAGCAGCUGCAGGUGGCCGAGGAUGGAAGACUAGUAAAGAGGCUACUGAGGUAAAUUCAAGCUACGGAGGAGAGCAGUGGCUGGAACCAUUCUUUUUCGUAGCUGCGUGCUGCUUCUCAGUUUCUCCACGUAUAACCGCUGCGUGUGCAAUCCACUGGCCCACAGAGCCUGCGGUGGGGUAAAAUUUCAGGAACCAGCCCCGGAGAAGGUAAGAUUGGAAAUAUGCCACACCUUGGAACCCUGGUGCCCACAGGAAAGCAAAGCAGAUGCGUGCCUGUCCCGCUGCAUAAGUCACGAGAGCUAACCCCGAUGGAGAGAGAGGUGUCCACCCGCUCUUGUUCUACAGAGACAGAAAAAGAAGGAGUGGGAAGUAAGGCGCCUCCUCCGAGUCCUGGAACAGGUCCUGAGCUGCCGGGUAUGCGGUGCUCCGCGGGUACAGGUGCCAGCAUCCUGGCAGGAAGCGCUACAGCAUCCCCCCUGUACACGAACACUCCCACCCCAGUUAUGACCCCUUUGUCUAUCUUGCCUCUACCGUCAUCUAUCUGUCUAUCCGUCCUGCUCCAGAUAAAAUGUGUACAGCCCUAGUGGGGUCCCUCUGGCGGUUGCCGUAGUCGCGCAGCCCCGACCCGGGGUUCCCGAGAGAAGAAAAUCAUGAAUGAAAUGGAUGCGGCGCUCCCACUCCCCCGCCCUCUCAGUCCAGGCAACCUUGGCAUGGGGGCGGCGCCUAUAGGGACUCCGCACAGAGUUGCGGCGAGUGAGGGGGCACUGGAGAUGGGAUCCGAUGUAAAGGGUCUGUGGUCCGCCCCUCUAGAGCCCUAGGCGAUGCCUGAGCUCCCCACCCCCACCCCGCCUAGCCGGCGAGCCCUGCGCAAUUCCCGGGGAGCGGCGCAAGCCCGUCCGGGGGCGGGGCGGAGCCCGGGCUGGGGGUGCCCAGCAGACCCGGCAGCUGUACCCGCGACUCUGCAGUCCAGGCGCAUUUGGUGGGGCGAUUGGGCAGGGAACAAGCAAGGAAAGCGGGACUGAGGGCUCCGCGGACAGACCGACAGACGGACGCCCCCGCACACGCAGACGCACCGAGCUCCGCACGGCCCCUGUCACACACAGACAGGGACACACGCAGACACGCACACUCGCGCGCUCACAUCCUCCCGCCAGCCUGCUUGUCCGCCGGCGCUUGGAGCCCGCUCUGGCCGGUUCCAGGAAAGUAUUGCUGAAAAAGACAAACUUCCUACGCCAGGAGAGACAGAAUAAAACCUAAGCAAGAUGCAAUGCUUGAGGUUUGCCUCUGGAGCAGGAUAAAGCAGGAGAAGGAGAGUGAGAGAAAGAGCCAAGCUGCUGAUGACUCCGAGGGAGGGACCCUGGACAUGUGCUGUAGUGAGAGGCUGUUGGGUCUCCCCCAGCCGGUAGAGAUGGAAGCACUGGACGAGGCCGAAGGACUCCCCAGCAAGCAGAAAGAGAUGCCACCACCCCCGCCACCCUCACCGCCCUCUGAGCCAGCUCAGAAGCUGCCACCUCAAGGCGCUGGGAGCCACUCCCUCACUGUCAGAAGAAGCCUGUGCCUGUUUGCUGCCUCUCAGUUCCUGCUUGCCUGUGGGGUGCUCUGGCUCAGUGGCCAUGGCCACUCCUGGCUGCAGAACACCACAGACCUCAUCUCCUCCUCGCUCACAGUGUUGAAUCAUCUGGGACCUGUGGCCUGGCUGGGUUCUGGGACCUGGGGUAUACCAAGUCUGCUGCUAGUCUCUCUGUCUGUGAGCCUGGUCAUCAUCACUACCCUGGUGUGGCACCUCCUCAAGGCACCCCCAGAGCCACCUACCCCACUGCCCCAAGAGGACAGGCGUCAAUCAGUGAGCCGGCAGCCCUCCUUCACCUACUCAGAGUGGAUGGAGGAGAAGGUGGAGGAUGACUUCCUGGACCUGGAUGCGGUGCCCGAGACACCCGUGUUUGACUGUGUGAUGGACAUCAAGCCUGAGACUGAUCCCACCUCAUUGACUGUCAAGUCCAUGGGUCUACAGGAGAGGCGGGGCUCCAAUGUCUCCUUGACCCUGGACAUGUGUACUCCUGGCUGUAAUGAGGAGGGCUUCGGCUACCUGGUGUCCCCUCGAGAAGAGUCAGCCCAUGAGUACCUGCUCAGUGCCUCCCGUGUCCUCCGGGCAGAGGAGCUGCAUGAAAAAGCCCUGGACCCUUUCUUGCUGCAGGCAGAAUUCUUUGAAAUCCCCAUGAAUUUUGUGGAUCCAAAAGAGUAUGACAUCCCAGGGCUGGUGCGGAAGAAUCGGUACAAAACCAUCCUCCCCAAUCCUCACAGCAGGGUACGUCUGACAUCACCAGACCCUGAAGAUCCUCUGAGCUCCUACAUCAAUGCCAACUACAUCCGGGGCUACAGUGGGGAAGAGAAGGUGUACAUCGCCACCCAGGGACCCAUCGUCAGCACUGUGGCCGACUUCUGGCGCAUGGUGUGGCAGGAGCGCACACCCAUCAUCGUCAUGAUCACCAACAUCGAGGAGAUGAAUGAGAAGUGCACAGAAUAUUGGCCGGAAGAGCAGAUAGUCCACGACAGCGUGGAGAUCACCGUGCAGAAAGUCAUCCACACAGAGGACUACCGGCUGCGACUCAUCUCCCUCAGGAGAGGGACUGAAGAGCGAAGCUUGAAGCAUUACUGGUUCACAUCCUGGCCUGACCAGAAGACUCCUGACCGGGCCCCCCCACUCCUGCAUCUGGUACAGGAAGUGGAGGAAGCAGCCCAACAAGAGGGACCCCAUUGUUCCCCAAUCAUCGUUCAUUGCAGUGCAGGGAUUGGGAGAACUGGCUGCUUCAUUGCCACCAGCAUCUGCUGCCAGCAGCUGCGACGUGAGGGCGUGGUGGACAUCCUGAAGACCACGUGCCAGCUCCGUCAGGACAGGGGUGGCAUGAUCCAGACAUGCGAACAGUACCAGUUUGUGCACCAUGCCAUGAGCCUCUAUGAGAAGCAGCUGUCCCUCCAGUCAUCAGAGUGACCACGCUCUUCCUCUGAGAUCCACUGGACACUGCCAAGCCUGAGGCUGGGUCUUCACCCAACUACCCAAGAUCUUGCCUUGGGUCCUGGGCCUAUUCCCUGGCCCUCCCCCUCAUUCUCCCCUCUCUUCAGUCUGCUCCGCACCUGUUGUCCUGGCCUGGUCCCUACCCCAAGCCUAGCUCUUCUACUGUAUAUAUGGCAGAGUUGGGGAGGGCAGGGGAGGAAUGUGCCAGGCCAGGCCUGGGGCCCCUGGGCCUGACCCACACCUUAUAGACCCGGGGCCUCAGUUUUAACCAUGGUUCCACAGCUACUUGGUCCAAAAUGUUUCCAUGCCACACCCCAAGUGUCCUACCAUAAUGUGUUCUGUCUGUCCAUCCAUCAGAGCCAUCUGUACCAAACACUGUGUCCCCCAGCCAGGAAAGGAGCAAUGAACUGAGCUCUCACCCCUCAGCCCUCACCCACAUCCCCACACCCAGACUCCUGCCCUGUUCCCCAGGCAGGGAUACCUACCUGCCUCUGGCCCUACCAGCUCCUCUGAAAAGGCAGAGCGCAUUUUGCUACCAGGAUGUGGACGGCAGAGACCAGGCAGGGGAGCACGUGAUGGUUGACAGAGAGAUCCCAACUAAGAAGGUUCCUGGGCCAAGGUGGGCAUCUCCAGCCUAUGAGGCACUGGAGAGGAAGAGGAUAGAUACAGUGGGGAACCCCAAAGAUCUGAGCCCUGAGGGGGGCCUCCAAGAGUGGAAUGGGGACAGCUCUAGACCUGUGAGACAUCUUUCUGUGUCACUAUGGGAAACAGCAAAUGUCUCGCUACAUGUCACUCUGUGUGUGUGUCCCCUUGUCCACGUGUGUGUUGACAGCCCAUGAGCAGGGCAUGCAUGACUCUUUGGCUACAUGUGUUAUCUUGGAGCCAUGUGUUUUUAUUGCUGACUUUAAAUAUUUAUUCCACGGCAAACAGAGACAUUUGGUGUCUUUUUAUAAUCUGCUCGUGGUCAUUGAAUAGAGCAAUAAACAGAGCAUUUUGAGCAAAA